GAUUAGCCCCAAGCCAAAAGACGCACGCCACACCGCACACGGCUCUUCCCCCAGGAUCGCUAGCUGCAGCGGACGACACCCCACGACGACGUCAUCGUCAUCAUGUCCGUCGCCGCCGCCGCCGUGGAUCGCACCGACGAGCUCCGCGCGCUGGAUGCCACCCUCGCCGGCGUCCGCGGCCUUGUCGCGUCCGGCGCGAAGCAGGUUCCUCGAAUCUUCCGCGUCCCUUACCCAGAGGAGCAACCGCCAGCGGCGGCGGCGGCGACCGUGCCGGUGAUCGAUCUCAGCGGCGGCGGCGACCGCGCAGCCGUGGUGGACGCCGUCCGCGGGGCCGCCGCGGAGUGGGGGUUCUUCCAAGUCACGGGCCACGGGGUGCCCGAGCAGGUGAUGUCAGCAGCGGUGGCGGCGAUGCGGGCGUUCCACGAAGCCGGCGGCGGGGAGGGCAGCGACAAGGCCCGGCUCUACUCGCGGGAGCCCGGGAAGGCGGUCAAGUACCACUGCAACUUCGACCUGUACCAGGCGCCCGUGGCCAACUGGCGCGACACGCUCUACCUGCGCAUCGCACCCGACCCUCCCGCCGCCGCCGACCUGCCGGAGAUCUGCAGGGAUGCACUAUUUGAAUACGCCAAGCAAGUGAAGGAUUUGGGGGACAGGUUGUUUGAGCUGCUCUCUGAGUCCCUUGGGCUCAAACCGAGCUACUUGACAGAUAUAGAGUGCAACCAGGGACAAAUCAUACUUGGGCACUACUACCCUCCAUGCCCCCAGCCUGAACUCGCCAUUGGGACAAGCCGGCAUUCAGACUCUGGCUUCCUAACUAUACUACUGCAGGAUGGUGUUGGCGGCCUCCAGAUCCUCCAUGAUGACCAGUGGGUCGACAUUACACCGACGCCUGGAGCGUUCAUCGUCAACAUAGCCGAUCUCCUGCAGUUGAUCUCUAACGACAAGUUCAUCAGCGUCGAGCAUAGAGUGGUCGCGAAGAAUGCUGAACCGAGAGUUUCGAUCGCGUGCUUUUUCAGCACUCAUUUUCAUCCCGCUUCGACGAGAAUGUAUGGCCCAAUCAAGGAGCUGCUGUCUGAGGAGAACCCUCCUUUGUAUAGGGAAACACUCGUCAGAGAAUAUGUUGCCCGUUACUACUCUGUCGGCUUGGAUGGUAAGCAGAAGACUGCUCUAGCUGAUUUCCGGUUGUGAAUUCUGAACGAGAAAAUCGUGUUUUAUUACCAGCAAGAUGCAAGUGUUUGGGUGGGACAACCUAUACCGUGUAAUAAUAUAUUAGACCAAAGGUUCCCACCCUGCUUAUACUGAAAGUAAAAGAUAGGUGGCUGAUGUUGCAUGUUCUUUGAGUGAUGGGAAAACAUCUUAAAUGAGUUUGUUGACUGCCACUUCCGUGUCUGUAUAUCCAAUCACAAUGUCAUCAAGGAGUUGAACAUAAUCAUGUCCAAUCGUUUCCUCA